AUGCCUCGCCCAAAACGGUCGCGGGUCCCUUCAACCCAGGUCGCGAAAGCUCCGUCUCCAGCGCUAGAGGGCGUGGGAAUUGGGGCGGCACCAACACAAACGAUUGAAACUACAAAAGAAAGCUCGGAAAUCAAGAAGACGCGCACGUCGCAACUCACGGAUACUCACGCAGAACAGGCGGCUGCCUUGGAGGACUCGCGGCGCAGGCGAGAUGCUGCAAUGAACCGCUUGGACGAUCUCACCUCGACAUCCACCCCGGGCCCGGCUAACAGCCCUAGCCUCGGCCACAAUGCGAGAGAUGAAACAACUGCUCGGCAGCCCCGGUUGACUGACGUGUCUGGAUUGGAAUUGGAUGAUGACCUCUUUGGCAACCUCGACGAUAGCCUGGACGACACCGAUCAUGGAAUUGAGGAGACACGAACGGGUUAUCGCUCGACUGAUACUUCGUCAUUUAGCGUCGGGAUGUUCAGACGUCGGCCUAGGCAGUCGAGCGUUGCUGGCAGAGACGACGCGCCAAUUCGACCGAGCAGCAGGGGCCAAAUUACGCCAAGCAUUAGCUCUACGCUCAACUUUGGCAACUUUAGGCGACGCGCGAGGGAGCCGAGUAUUCUAGGGACAGGACGAAAGCGUCGCAUGGCGCGAUCUCAAUCGAGGGCGUCACAGACGUCGCGGGCCUCCAGGGCUGCUAGCGUUGCAAAUGACGGCGACGAAUCUGGGCCGGACGGCGAAUCAACCCCGCUCGACCGAACGAGGAGACAGACACAGGCGUUGCUUGCCGCCAAUGGCUCGAGAGAGAACUCUCCCAUCCCAGCAUCCCGCAAGCGCAAAUCCCUGGAAAGCCACGAGGAUGGCCGCGAGAAACGUCCUGCCACCGGCGCCGAUAGUGGUAUGUCGGAACUGGAAGAGAUCCACCAGUCGAUCGAAAUCGAAGUCGAGCGAUCCCCAAGUCCACCACCGCGAGGUCGCGCACUAGAAAGGGAGCGGCCAUCCACUCCCGCUCAGGAAGACGAUCCGGACAUGGCCCCCCCACUCAGCAGUUCUUCCGAGGGCGGUAGUCCUAGGGUUUGGCCGUCGAUGGAUACACUUGCCCACCGUACCUACACGCGUAAGCCGCCAACAAGGUCGAUAAAGACACCAGAGCUGCGCAAGUCGUCCUCAGAACUCUCGUCACCACCGUCACUUACCCACUCGCCGAACUACGCCGCCCCAAGUAAAGCGCCUCCGACAAAGAAGAAGGCCGUCCCACCGCAAAAGAAAGUCACCACAGCCGACCUCACUUCUCUCCUUCCUCGCCGUCGAACCAAGGAAUCGAAUCGUAGCCGCAAUUCGAACGAUCCUUUCGAUAUAGACGCGUCAGAAGACGAACGCCACGACGAGGAGGAUGUUUCUUACGUCAACACGCGGACUGCUAUGCGCAAGAAAGCGCAGCGGCCUUUGGCCAAAUCCACUUCCAAUGGGAAGGGUAAAGCAGUUGAGACUAGUGCGACAAAGGGAAAGAAGCGCUCCGUUCGGACAUACGGCGCGGCCAACGAGGAUAAAGAGAAUGACGAAGUUGAAAAUGAAAUUGUGGUUGCUAGUGGAGAUGAAGCGGCAGUGGACGGCGGGCGAGAGGAAAGCGAGGAGACUCCAACCGAGGAAACCAGCCAGAUGAUGGUCGAACGGAUUGGGGAGGAGCUGCAGAAGGCGGCGAAAAAGUUCAAGGAGGUGGAUAAGUGGCAAUUGUCGUUUGAGGAGGCCGCGCCGAGCUCAUCACCUGGGCCGUUUGCAAGGUGA